CCACCAGUCAUUCAGCAUGUCUCUCGUCGUGUUCCUUCUCGGGCUUGUUUUUUCAUCGCAUCUGUCCGCGUGUGGAGCUGCCACAGACACCAUCGCAUCCGGCGAAGCACUUAUCGUGAACAACACCAUCAUCUCCAGCAACGGCAAAUUUGCGCUUGGCUUCUUCCAAACAGGCAGUAAGUCCUCCCAAAACUCCCUCAACUGGUAUCUAGGCAUAUGGUUCAACAAGGUCCCCAAGCUAACUCCAGUAUGGGUCGCCAAUGGUCAUAUCCCAAUCAUAGACCCCGUCUCAUCGGUACUAACAGUCACCAGUGGAGGCAACCUUGUCAUCUUGAACCAAGCCACCAAAUCCACCAUUUGGUCUGCCCAAACAAAUGCCUCAACCAACAAUAGCAUCGCACUGCUGUUGAACAGUGGCAACUUCGUCUUGCGGAGUUCCUCAAACUCAUCCAGUGUGUUGUGGCAGAGCUUCGACUACCCCACUGACACUUUCCUCCCUGGCAUGAAACUGGGUUGGGACAAGGUCACUGGUCUGAACCGCCGUCUAGUUUCAAGGAGGAAUUCGAUUGACCUAGCUCCAGGAAAAUACACCAGCCAAUUAGACCCGAACGGUAUAGAUCAGGUCAUACAUACACCGCUCGACUCGUCCAUACCGUAUUGGUCGAGUGGGGUAUGGAAUGGACAAUACUUCCCCUCAAUAAUGUCUAUGAGGGCGUACAACACAAAUUAUACAUUUGUCAACAAUGACCAAGAGAAGUACUUCACAUAUGACUUACCAGACGAGACAUUUGUGUACAAUCUUGUGAUGGAUGUUUCGGGUCGUACAAAGUCUCUCAUUUGGGUAGAAGGCUCAGUGGGUUGGAGAAUGGUCUACGCUCAGCCUGCACUUCAAUGUGACGUGUUUGCUGUUUGCGGACCUUUCACCACAUGUAAUGAUCAUACACUUCCAUUCUGUAACUGUAUGAAGGGCUUCUCCAUUAGAUCGCCCAAUAACUGGGAGCUAGAAGAUCGAACAGGAGGUUGUGAAAGAAAUAGUCCAUUAUAUUGUGGGAUUAGCAACAACAGAAGUACGCAGGACAUGUUCCACCCAAUUACAUGUGUUGGACUGCCCAAUAAUGGUAACAACAUAGAAGAGGCUAGGAGUGUAGGCAGAUGUGCACAAGUUUGCCUAGGCAACUGCACUUGCACUGCAUAUUCCUAUGAUAACAGCAGAUGUUUUGUUUGGAAUGGCGAAUUAAUUAAUGUGAUACAAAAGCAAUGCAACGACUCCAUUAAUAGUAACAGAGCCACUCUUUACCUUCGCCUUGCCAACAGUGAGGUGCAAACAAACUUGGAAAACAACAACAGAAGAUCAUUAAUCAUUGGGGUGGCCAUGGGUGCAAGUUUUGCUUUCUUCACUUUAUUGUCGCUCUUCUUUCUGUUAGUGAUUAGGAGAAGGAGGAUGUCUGCUCAUAGGAUGGAAAAAUAUAAAGAUAAUGUUGGCAUUACUUCAUUCAAAUACCUUGAUUUGCAACAUGCAACAAAAAACUUCUCGGAGAAGCUAGGGGCAGGUGGUUUUGGUUCUGUAUUCAAGGGGUUUCUAAAUGAUUCUUGUGCCAUAGCAGUUAAAAGACUUGAUGGUGCUCGUCAGGGAGAAAAGCAAUUCAGAGCUGAAGUUAGAUCAAUUGGAAUUAUUCAGCAUAUCAAUUUAGUUAAACUAAUUGGCUUUUGUACAGAGGGGGAUAGUAGGUUGCUUGUCUAUGAACUCAUGCCAAAUCGUUCUCUUGAUUCACAUUUAUUUCAAAGUAAUGAUACAGAAACGGUAUUGGAAUGGAGCAUAAGGUAUCAGAUAGCUGUUGGAGUUGCUAGAGGACUUGCCUACUUGCAUGAUAAUUGCCAGGAUUGCAUUAUACAUUGUGAUAUUAAGCCUGAGAACAUACUUCUCGAUGCUUCAUUUAUUCCAAAAAUAGCAGAUUUUGGGAUGGCAAAGCUUCUUGGAAGGGAUUUCAGUCGAGUGCUGACAACAAUGAGAGGAACUAUAGGGUAUCUUGCGCCUGAAUGGAUUAGCGGAACUGUUAUUACAGCAAAAGUUGAUGUUUAUAGCUAUGGCAUGAUUUUGUUGGAACUCAUAUCGGGAAGCAGGAACUCGGGUGGAAUCAGUGCUUCUAAUAUUGAUGACGUUUAUUUCCCUGUGCUAGUUGCAACUAAGCUACAUAAGGGCGACAUGGGGAGUUUGGUGGAUCAGAAUUUACGGGGUGAGUUCAAUUUGGAACAGGUGGAAAGAGCUUUCAAGGUUGCGUGUUGGUGCAUUCAAGAUCAUGAGUUUGAUCGGCCUAAGAUGGCUGAAGUUGUUCAAUAUCUGGAAGGUUUUCUUGAAGUUGACAUACCCCCGGUGCCAAGAUUUCUUCAAGCUAUUGCAGGGAAUCCACAAUCAGAAUGCAAACCGUACCUGGACCAAACUUCACAAGAGGCGGUGAGGCUGUAAGAUUUCGAAGGAGGCGCAUCACAUGAUGAAGCACACUCUUCGCACGAAGGCCAGUCGCAACCUGCAACCAUGGAGAAAAUCUUCCCUUUGACGGUCGCAUGAAGGCCAAAACUUCAAGUUUAGCACAUGUUCUACUGAACAAAAUAUCAUCAAAGUUUAUAUACGUAAAAGUAGUAUUCAUUUUUA